UGGCCACACACCAGCGCUGGCCCUGCACAGCUGGAUGACCAGUGCUGCAAACCGCUGUCUAAUUCUCCAAAUUGAAGAGAUAUCAUCAAUGGAGGAAGGAGAGGAGCUGACUGUCCUGUAUUUACAGGACCCAGUGAAAAGGGAAUUGCUGAGGGGUGACCACACAGCUGGUGAUAGGAUUCCGAGAGAAAGAAAGGAGAAGGAUCCUCAUCAGGAGUAUCCUGAGCAACUGGAACCACAUGGAAAGUUACCAGAGAUCGCCAAAGGCAAUAUUUUCCAUUAUUCUGAUCAAGGGAAAGUCUGUGAGAGUCAGCAUAGGCCAGAGAGCAAGCAGGAAGGAUUUCUAGCGAAGAAAUGGUAUAAAUCAACUCAAUCUGAAAGAGAUUUCAGCAAACCCCAAAAUGUUAUCAUCCACCACAAAAUCAACACAGGAGGGAAACCAAACAUAUGUGCUGAAUGUGGCAAAAGCUUCAAUCGGAGCUCUACACUCUUCCAGCAUCAGAGAAUUCACACGGGUGAAAAACCCUAUAAGUGUCAGGACUGUGCAAAAAGCUUCUGUCAGAGCUCAACGCUCAUUCAGCACCAGAGAAUGCACAGAGGAGAGAAACCUUAUCAGUGUCCUGACUGUGGUAAAGAUUUCCUUUGUAAAUCAGGACUUACAAUACAUCAGAGGAUCCACACAGGCGAGAAGCCUUAUGGAUGCAGUGACUGUGGCAAAAGCUUCAGGACGAAGUCCCAACUAGUGUCACAUCAAAGAGUCCACACCAAAUAGGGCCCAGUGACAGUGCUUCCUUUGGGGCACUGCCUACUCAUUCGGUUCUCUUUAGAAGCAUUGUUUGGGACAGGUGGGGGUAACAGGCAGUGUUGGAGGAAGUGAAUUAUUGUAGGAUUGAUCAUUUGGGGAUCAUAAAGUGGAGCUGGGUGAUGGGAAGAAGAGUAGAGAAAAAGCCCUUGUACAUCAUACUCUUAUGAUUUAGUUUUUAAAGAAGUUUGAGCAUAAUUUGGCCAGAAAAAAAACCGCAGGGGCUGUAAAAGCAAUUGAAAUAAGUUGAAUUUGAUGGAGAAAUAAUGUAUUUCUUUAAACAUGGGCUGGCUUUCCAAACAUCUGGAUAACUGUGAUUUACAUGUGUGUUUUAAAACAACAUUUUUGUUAUUCAGAGAAGUGGUAGAAAUUACAAAUUCAGGUUUGGCUCCCAGUUGUAUCUGAGCCUGUACAACUUUUCAACCAGCAUCUCAGAAAUUCCCUUUGUUUAAGUUUAGUAUCCCCUUAUUCACCUCUAUUUGUCAGAAAUCAUUAACUUCCCCUAUCUAGCUUAUGUGUUCAUAUGUGAACAUGUGUCUAGAUAGGGAAUCUGGACACUUCCAGAUCUUUGCUGCCAUGUAUGUUACUGGAUCUGAAUAUCAAGCUAAAUUUCUUCUCUUUCACCUCUUUCAGGGCUUUAAUCUAUCCCAGCCCACAAAGGGAAUUCAUGAGGCAUGGUCCUAUUAUGUAAGAGGUAUCUCAUAACUGGAGUUGCUGCUGUCAGAAAGGCAGUAGACAGUCUCAGAUGAGAUGGGGCCUCUUUCCUUUCACGGUCAUUUGUCUUCCGUCUCUGAAAAACGUUUUAUUUUAUUUUAUUUUAUUUUAUUUUAUUUUAUUAAUGCUAGCUAAAAUGGUCUUUUCUCAUGUAAAAGCAUAGGGCUAUAGGCUUUCAGAUAUUCAGGUCAGAUUCCAUCCUAGGCCUUCAGGUGCCACAAGAUGAUCAGAUUCUUCUCACAGUUUACUGCUACCUUUUUGGUCAUACCUUAUUUUAUACUUUGUUAAAAAUGUUUAUCCAUAUAAAAUAUUUUUUUCUCGAUACCUGUUGUUAUUGCAUGUUCUAUCCUCAAAUUCCAAUUUUGGUCUAGUGUUCUGCAAUGGCUCCAUAACCAUUAAAGGAAUAGAAAGAUAAUAGUGUUGAUUUAGAAUAGGAAAUUUCUCCAGAAUUGCUUGACAAGAUGUGAGGUUCCAUUACUGAAUAUGUCCUGGAAGUAAAAAAUUGCUUUCAUAUGCCUUUAGCUCAAUCAGGGAUGUGCCUCCUGUAAGCGUGGGGGGCAGUGUCACUAGGUGUUACCCCACUAUAAAUUAUAGAUAAUAAAUAAAUAAUAGGCACAGAAAUAAUAGAAAAGUUCCACAGAAAAACAUAAAAACAAUUAGACUGGGCAUGUGUGUGGUUUAGCUAUGAAGACUGAAGUUCAUCAGCAAAUGAAUCCUUGCAGGGGUUUCCCAGCUUACAGCAAAGAGGUCUGAUCAAAGCCUAUUAAAGUUGGCGGUAAAAUCCUUUUGAUUUUAAUGGGAAUAGGAUCUGGCCCAGAGUGCAGAAUGUACAACUACUUGCAUUUUUGGCCAAGAGGUGCAUGUGUGCAUUCACGGCAAGUAGCUUCUUGCCCUGAGAGGUACAGGAACUUGAGCCAAGGACCAGGCACAAGACAUUGUUCCCUACUUUUGAACACCAUUGGAAGCAGUUUUUGGAGGAUGCCAAAUUUCAGUGCGUCACAGGUAGGUUAUGGAUGGAAUUUUCAAAUAAGCCUAUGUGACUUAGGAACAUAAACCCAGCCCCAGUGAGGGUCAAUAUGACUUCUGCUCUUAACUCACCUAGGCACUUUUGAAUAUCUCACCCUGGAUCACGACUGGCAUUCAUUUUGGAGCAAUGGUGGCUCUUCUUAACCUAUGGAGAAGACAUCACCCAAGAUAAUUUUAACAUUUUAUGGCAAAUGGGAGGAUAAGGAUCAGAAUAUAGGGACUUUGGCCCAGAUUUUUAAGGAUGAUUAUGCAUUGCUUUGCUCAUUUUGCCAAGUUGUGGUUUCAAAUGUGACUUAGGUACUUAGGAUUUAAGGUAAACACAAAGGAUGGGAUUCACAAAGAUACUUAGGUUUCUAACUCCCUUGAAAUCAAUGGGACUUAGGUACCCAAGUACUUUUGUGAAUCCCACUCUCAGGAGCCUAAGUCUUUCUAUGUGGAAAUGAGACAUAGGCUCCCUAAAUUAGUUAGAUGUUGCAACACUGAGAGAGCAAUGCCUAAAUACCCUUAAAAAUCUGGGCUUUUGGCACCCAGAAACAGACACAAUUCAGAAUAAUUUCUAUAUUCGUUUUAUAAUGUCUUUGCAGAUUGUGAGAAAAUGGCAUCUUUUGAUAACAUUAGGAAAACAUACCAAGCUGGAGAACACUUGUACAUUUUGCCAUGAACACUUGAAAUAAUGAACCCAGCUGCUGCCACUGACACUGACAAGUGCUCUUCCAUUAAUUUUUAUUACUAAUAUUUGAACGAGACCAGUCCCACUGGAGAGUUUAAUCAACUCAGUAAAAUAUAUUCUGUAUCUUGCAACUUUUUCAUGUUAUGUUUACUUGUGAUUGAAAUUCCAUUCCUCUAAUCUAAUAAAAGUCCAUUACAUCUUUUUUUACCCAAGCUGUGAGGGAAAAUAAUCCUCCUCCAAGCUUAUGCUUAGCAUGAUGAUGCUAGUUGCAACU